AUGUCGCGCUUCCUCGGGCGCCUCUCGCGCACGCCAUCGACGCACUCGAUCAAGUCGAACCAGUCCGACGCCAACGCCGAGCCGCUGCCGCCCAAGACGUCGCAGAUCCUCACCACGCCCGCCGCGGGCUGCGUGCCCAAGCCGCGCGAUCCGCUCACGCCCGAACAGGAGGCCAAGCUGGCCGAACUCGAAAAGUACACGCGCAGCGUGGCAUCGGAAACCCCGCCGGCCGCCGACUACGAGGUGUGGGAGCAAAAGUGGCUGGGCGAGCACAAUCUGUACCAGCGCUACCUGCGUGCGGCCAAGGGCGACGUGGAGAAUGCCAAGAAGCGCAUCAAGUCGACGCUCGAGUGGCGGCGCGAGUUCCGGCCCGAGAUCAUCGCGCCGGCGAGCAUCGCGCACGAGGCCGAGACGGGCAAGCAGAUCGUUUCGGGCUUCGACAAGGACGGAAGGCCGCUGAUCUAUCUGCGUCCGGCGCGCGAGAAUACGACGCCGAGCAACGACCAGGUGCGAUACCUGGUGUACACGCUCGAGCGCGCCAUCGACCUCAUGCCCGAGGGUGUGGAGAACUAUGCGAUCGUGAUCGACUACCGCGGGGCGACGUCGCAGUCCAACCCGUCGCUCUCGACCGCGCGCACGGUGGCCAACAUCCUGCAGAACCACUACGUGGAGCGCCUCGGCAGGGCGUUUGUGAUGAACGUGCCGUGGUUCUUGAAUGCCUUCUUCACAGCCAUCACGCCGUUCCUUGACCCGAUCACCAAGGAGAAGAUCCGCUUCAACGCCAACCUCGCCGAGUUCGUGCCCGCCGAGCAGCUCGAUGUUGAGUUCGGCGGACGCCACAACUACGAGUGGAACUUUGACGUGUACUGGAACACGCUCACCGAGCAGCGUGGAAUCUCCGAGGAUGGAAGCCGCAAGCAGGCGGGUGCCAAGCCGGCGGCUGUCGACAAGCACGCGGAUGCGAUUGCGGCGACGCAGCUCACGGGCGACGGCGCCACCGUCGGACUGGGCGCUGCAGCUGGUACCACCGCGGCACUUGCUAUUGCUGCGGGCUCUACUGGGGCAGUGUCGGCGAACGGUACCAAGCCGACGGCGUACAAGUACCUGCAGGAGGUGGCGGACUACGAGGAGCUGCUUUCGAAGUACGACACGUUCCUGUUCGACUGCGAUGGCGUGCUGUGGUCGGGCGACGAGACGAUCGCGGGCGUCGUGUCGGUGCUGCAGAAGCUGCGCGCGCGCGGCAAGUCGGUGAUCUUUGUGACGAACAAUGCGUCCAAGUCGCGCGCGACGUACCUCAAGAAGUUUGCGGGCAUGAACAUCGAGGCGUCGCUGGACGAGGUGUUUUCGUCGUCGUAUGCGUCGGCAGUGUAUCUGAAACGGGUGCUCAACUUCCCGGCGGAUCGCAAGGUGUAUGUGAUCGGCAUGCACGGGAUCGAAGAAGAGCUGGAUGCCGAGGGGAUCCUGCACUGCGGCGGAACGGACGGCGAGGACAACAAGUUCCUGCCUGCGCUCGACUUUACAUCGCUGCAGAACGACGAGGCGAUCGAUCCCAAGGUGGGAGCGGUGGUGUGUGGAUUCGACAUGCACAUGUCGUACAUCAAGAUUGCGAAGGCGUUCAAGCAUCUGACGCGGCCAGGAUGCGAGGGUGAGGUGGAAGCGGGCAAGGAGGGUGGAGGAUGCCACUUUAUCCUCACCAAUGACGACUCGACGUUCCCAGCCAAGGGAGGACCGUGGCCGGGCGCAGGAAGCCUGUCUGCGCCGUUGAUCUUUUCGACCAAGCGCACACCGACGAUUGUGGGCAAGCCGCACAAGCCCAUGCUGGACUGCAUCAUUGCGACCAAGCAGUUCGACCCGGCGCGCGCCAUCAUGGUGGGCGACCGACUCAACACGGACAUCGAGUUCGCCAAGGCCGGUGGGAUCGCGAGCAUGCUCGUGCUCACGGGCAUCUCGACGCGCGACGAGAUCGAGGGCGAGCACGCCAAGACCGUGCCGGACUACCUCAUCAACAGUCUGGGUGAUCUGGACGCCGUGCCCUAG